CUGUUAAUCAUGUGGCUCUUUGGUAGAAAGGACAGCCAGCCUGAGCCGAAUAUCCAGGAACUCGAGGAAACAACCCACGCGGCCACAAGCGACGAUGAUCCCGAUCCAAUCGCAGUAGUUGGGAUGUCCAUGCGCCUUCCGGGUGGGAUAAAAACCGGCGAAGAAUUCUGGGAUCUCCUGGUCCGCGGGAAAGAUACCUACGGACCUGUUCCGCCCUCUCGCUACAAUGCAGAAAGCUACUACUGCGAAUCGGGUCGGCCGGGGACGAUGCCAACCAAGCACGGCUACUUCCUAGACGAUGACAUCGCGGCGUUCGAUGCACCGUUCUUUGGAAUCAAUAGUGCCGAGGCGGCGAGUCUUGAUCCGAAGCUGAGAUUUCUGCUUGAAGUUGUCUGGGAGUGUCUUGAGAAUGGCGGGCAGGUAGGUUGUCAGGGUAAAGACAUUGGAUGUUUCGUGGGGAACUUUGGAGACGAUUGGUCGGAGAUCCUGUGGAGGGAUACUCAGAGUAUCAGAAGGUAUGAGGCGACUGGGGCGCAGAGUUUCACGAUCGCCAAUCGGGUGUCGUAUGAAUAUGAUUUUCAUGGGCCAAGCAUGACGAUUGAGACGGCCUGUUCAUCGACACUCAUCGCCUUACAUCAGGCGUGUCAGUCCCUUCGAAAUAACGAAUGCAGCGGCGCUGUUGUCGGAGGAGGAAGCAUGCUUAUCUGUCCAAGCUGUACAAUCGCCAUGGGAGCAGCAGGAGCUCUCUGUGGGGACGGCAAAUGCAAGACAUUUGACGCCAGCGCUGAUGGCUACGGGCGAGCAGAAGCCAUUACGUCCAUUUUCGUGAAAAAGCUGAGCGAUGCCAUUCGCGAUGGCGAUCCGAUCCGCGCCACGAUUCGAUCCACGGCAACCAACUUCGACGGAAGAAUGCCUGUAUUCGUCGCACCGAACCCAGAGGCUCACGAGGAAAUGAUCAAGACGGCUUACCGGUCGGCGAAUAUCGAAAACAUAGGCGAAACGGCAUUUUAUGAAUGUCAUGGCACCGGGACGCAGUUGGGUGACACAACCGAACUGUCUGCCGUGGGUAAUAUUUUCAAAAACUCCGGCGUUUAUAUCGGCUCCGUAAAAGCGAAUGUCGGCCACUCAGAAGGUUCCUCUGGCCUGACUGGCCUCAUAAAGACAAUUCUGAGCAUGGAGCAUGAUACAAUUCCUCCUCAUGUUAACUUCUCGACACCAAACCCCAACAUUCCAUUCGACUCAAACAAUCUCUGGGUGUCAACAAAACCAACUCCGUGGCCCAAAGAUCGCCUCAAACGAGCAAGCGUGAGCUCAUUCGGAAUAGGAGGGUCCAACGCACAUGCAGUAAUUGAAGGCCACGAGCGACCGAAAAAGCCUCCUGCAGAAAGGUCAACCCUGCCCACAUUGAUAGUCCACUCUGCCAAAAGCCACUCGUCUUUAGAACGAAAAGUGAGGAGCAUGCAAGAUUAUGUCUCUAAACACUCCGACCGCCUCAUCGACAUAGCAUGCACUCUCUGUCAACGUCGCGAGCAUCUGCAACACCGCGCGUUCACGGUACAUGGGCCCGGGGCUGUCGAAAAUCACCCUCAGUUGAUCAAGGCGCCCGAAAAACGACCACAACUCAAUUUCGUAUUCACUGGUCAAGGCGCGCAGUGGAGAGGUAUGGCUCAGGGGCUUAUGGAGCUGGAGCCAUUCAGGGACGAGGUCCUUCGAAUGAGCGAGACAUUGAAAUCGAUUCCCAACGGACCUUCAUGGGAUCUUGCCAACCUUGUGCUGUCAGAGGAUAUCGAUUAUCCCAUCCAUGAUCCAGAAUACGCUCAGACAUUAUGCACCGCCCUGCAAGUCGGCAUCGUCAAGGUCUUAUCAUCAUGGCAGAUCAAACCGGACACAGCAUUAGGACAUUCCAGCGGUGAGGUUGCAGCGGCAUACGCUGUCGGCGCCAUCUCUUCUUCGGAUGCCAUAAAAAUCGCAUAUUAUCGAGGAUACACGGCUAAACAAUAUCCGCACAAUGGUGCAAUGGCAGCCGUGGCUAUCAGCAAAGAGACAGCCGAGAAAUACCUCAAACCGUCUGUGAUAGUGGCAUGCGAAAACGCCCCGCAAAGCAUCACUUUGAGUGGGGAUGCAAAUGAUUUGCAUGCUAUUCUCGACAGCAUCAAACUGGACAUUCCAAGUGUGCGGUCCAAGGUCUUGAAUAUUCCUAUAGCUUAUCACACACAUUUCCUUAAUAAAGCCGGCGACUCCUAUGAAAAGCUUCUUAGCGAGUCGGCCUCCCCGGGCCAAACACCGAUCGCAGUCUUCCAAUCAACAUCAAAGAUCGGGGAAACGGCCUGCGCCGAAGGCUUUGACCCUUCUUAUUGGCGAAAUAACUUAGUAUCACCGGUUCAAUUCCACUCUGCGGUGGUGAACGUGUUAGAAAAGCAAGAGGACGAUGACAAGGCCGUAUUUCUGGAGAUCGGACCGCAUUCCGCUCUUUCUUCUCCCCUGCGAGAUAUUUGGAGAGCUCAGUCGAAGGGACCCGAGGCUGUCUACAUUCCCACGAUAAUCAGAGACACCUCUCCGGUAAUCGGAUUAUUCCACACAGCAGGUCGUUUGCACCAGCAAGCCGUGGACAUCGACUUCCUCGCCGUCAAUGGGAAAGGCAACGUUCUCACGGACCUGCCCCUCUACCCGUGGGACCAUGACCAGAAAUACUGGACCGAACCUCGAAUCUCAAAAGAGUGGCGGCAGCAGAAGUUCCGACAUCAUGAAAUUCUAGGAUCCCGGGUCGUGGAAUCAACAGACUCCAAUCCCAGCUGGAGAAAUGUCUUGUCGGGAAGAAAUGCAGGAUGGAUCAUUGACCAUCAGCUUCGAGGAAAGAUCAUUUUCCCCGGAGCUGGGUUCGUUUGUGCAGCUGGUGAGGCAAUCCGACAGAUUUCAGGCUUGGAAGACUAUACUAUCCGCCAUAUGCGUAUCGCGGAGCCCUUGAUUCUACGGGAAGAAUCAGAUGUCGAAGUCAUUACGAGCUUGGGCGUUAUUCCACUCACGAAUGCCGAAAACUCCAAGAGAUACCGAUUCACGAUCUCGUCAACAACAGGCGAUGAGUGGGUCAAUCACUGCACCGGUGAGGUACAAGGUGGCGCUGAUUGCGACACCUCGGACAAAAGGCAGCUGCUCGUUGACGAUGACUCGCAUCUAUGGAACCGAAACGUUGAAGCGGACAGGUUCUAUUCGAGUCUGAGAGCUAUCGGACACGGAUAUGGGCCUUAUUUUCAACUGCUUUCUUCAGUGCAGUCGUCGUCAGGCUCGUGUGCAGCAAAGGCUAAUGUGCGUCUCGACAAGGACCUGCGCCGAACAAGCUACUAUGCACAGCAUCCAGUCGUCAUCGAUCAUUGUCUUCAGCUGUCGAUAGUGGCAGCCAUCAAAGGGCUGACAUAUCGACUGGAUCACCUGGUUGUUCCGGCUGCAGUAGAUCACAUUUAUGUUGCGCCGAGCCGGGGUGAAGGCGUCGACUAUUCCUUGAAGGCGUUUGCCGACAAGGUUGGAAAAGGUGCCCUCUGUCAGACGGUGGGUGGGAGCAACGGAGGAAUGCAAAUUGCGAUCAGCGGGUGCUCAAUGGUACCAAUCAUAAAGGACAUCAAACCCAUCGAAAUCCAAGAGCUGCACUGGCACCCUAUGCACAGCUCGAUGAGUUCGUCGGAGUUGAUAACAGCCACGCAUAAGCCAAUAGACUCGGACAUGCUGGUGGAAGAGAUAGCAGUUCUGUGUACUCUCGAGUCGGCUCGCACUGCUCAAUCGCAUAAACCUACCACAGCGCAUAUUCGAAAAUACGCACGUUGGCUACAGUCUCAGGCAGACAUGUUGCGAAAACAAGGGCUGGCGUUGGUUCCACAGGCUAAGAAGUGGGCAAAUGAGGAUUCAUCGAACUGGCUUGACAUGAUUGAAAAGCGUGCAAGCCUCGCCAAAGAAAUAUUGGAACCAUGGCAAUAUCAUCUCAUGCUCCGAGUCUUUGAGAAUUUGCCCUCAAUCUUGAGUGGUGAUCAACAGCCCUUGGAGAUACUAUACGACGAUGCAGGCCUCAGGGACUUUUACCUAGGACUACACACUCCCUUCGACUGCUCCCUAUUCCUGUCAUCGUUAGGCCACGAACUACCAGGAUUGAAAGCGCUAGAGGUUGGGGGUGGCACUGGCGGAUUUACGACUCACGUUCUUGGAUCCCUCAAAGGCGCUUCGAAAGUUCCAUUAUAUUCAAAAUAUGUGUUCAUCGACAUAUCGGCUGGUUUCUUCCCGGAGGCACAAAAGCACUUACAGUCGUUCGCAGGUAUUGAAUACUCAGUGCUCGAUAUUUCUUCUGACCCGACAACGCAAGGAUUUCCAGAACAAGAAUACGAUCUGGUUGUUGCAGCAAAUGUUCUGCAUGCGACUCCUCUUUUGUCGAAGACUAUUCAGAAUGUCCACAAGCUGCUGAAGCCAGGAGGAAAGCUGCUAAUGCCGGAGAUCUUUCCUGAGGGCCUUUACAUGAAUUACAUGAUGGGUACCCUUCCCGGAUGGUGGCUUGGUGAGCAGGAUGAUCGCCCCAAUAGUCCUUACGUAUCUCCUGAGCGCUGGGAUCAAGAGCUCAAGGCCGGCGGCUUCACGGGGCUGGAUGUCAUUGUUCCAGACCAACAAUUCCCAUUCCACAAAGGAGGCAUAUUGGCAUCCACCAAGAAGGAAACCCUCAAGGCUUUGGACGAUGUGACCUUGAUCUAUCACCACGAAGGCAGUCCAGUCGUUCAAAUGAUCAAGCAUGAGUUUAGCAGAGUUGGUCAUCAGGUUCAUCUCACACCUUUCGGCAGUCAUAAGAAGCACCAAGGGGGUAUCGUCUGUUUACUCGAGGCCGAGGAUGCUUUCUUCAGCGACAUGACCCAGGACAGAUGGCAUGCAUUCCAAGAAUUCCUCCGUGACAUUGAUCAAGCCAGUGUUUUGUGGGUCGCAAGAGAGACGCAUGUACAAUGCCAAAAUCCAGAUUAUGCUCUCACACUGGGCGUAGCACGCACGAUCAGGUCCGAGCUUGCGGUCGAGAUGGCAACAUUUGAAACACAAUCCUUCGACAAUGGAUUUGCCGAUGCAUUGCGAAUUGCCUAUAACAGUUUCCGUGGAAAGUACGGUGGAACGAAUGAUCGCGAAUACGAAUACCUAUACCGUGAUGGAAAAUUGCAUAUUGGACGAUACCAUUCCGUGCCAGCGGAAAAUGCGGUUUCUGCCAAGAAGCUGCAGUCCAUGGAUGCUAGAAUGCUGUCUAUCGGGGUUCCGGGAAGUUUGAGCACUAUGUUUUGGAAGCCCGUGGCAUGUUGCCCACCGCAAGAUGAUCGGGUUGUGGUCGAUAUUCAGUAUACGGGCCUCAACUUUAGGGACCUCCUGCAAGCGCUGGGAGCCUUCGGCGAGAAAGUAGAAUUCGGUAUCGAAGCAACCGGAAUUGUCAGUCAAGUCGGUCCUAGCUCCAACCUGAAUGUUGGGCAGCGAGUUGUGGUUAUGGCACCACACGGGUUGCUUGCCACGCGCGCUGCAGUGUCUUGCAAUAGUUGCGUACCAAUUCCCGACAGUAUCAGCCUAGAGGACGGUGCUGCUUUGUCCUGUGUCUAUAGCACAGUCAUCCUUGCGCUAUUGCAUCAGGGAAAUUUGCGCAAGGGGCAGACUAUUCUGAUUCACUCCGCCUGUGGCGGUGUUGGUCUCGCGGCUAUUUCUCUCGCCUUGAUGCAAGGCGCCGAGAUCUAUGCGACCGUGGGAAGCGAAGCUAAAGCGCAGUAUCUUCACGAGCGAUUCGGCAUUCCAAGGUGUAGAAUCUUCAACUCCCGUGACUCGUCAUUCCAGAGCGGCGUAAUGCGGGAGACCGACGGAAAGGGAGUUGAUAUGGUGCUCAAUUCGUUAGCAGGAGAGCUUCUGCAUGCUUCCUGGGAGUGUGUUGCGAAGUUUGGAAAGAUGAUUGAAAUCGGAAAAAAAGAUAUCAUGGGCAAUGGUUCACUCCGCCUUGCUCCAUUCUUGCACAACCGAUCGUUCGUUUGCGUUAGUAUGGACGAAAUCAUGUCCGAUCGGCCCGAGCUGAACCGCGAGAUCCUCAGUGAAACGUUCCGGUAUAUUGAGGAAGGACUCAUCGAGCCCAUCAGACCUAUACGGACUUUCCCUGCCAGCCAGGCGGAGGAAGCGUUCCGCCAUAUGCAAGGCGGGCAGCAUAUCGGCAAAGUUUUGGUACAGAUGCCAGCGAACAUUGACGAUCUACCACACUCUACAAAAGCAGAUGCGCCGAAGUUUUCGCCAGAGGCUGCUUAUCUGUUGAUCGGCGGAUUAGGGGGUGUUGGACGGUUUGUGUGCCGAUGGAUGGCUGACAAUGGCGCGCGAGAGCUCGUCUGUCUUUCCAGGUCAUCACCAUCGUUAUACACGGAUUUCGUGUCCGAGAUGAAGGGUCAAGGUUGUCUCCUGACGCUCGUACAAGGAAAUGUUGCCAUAGAAAAUGAGGUCAAGAUGGCACUUCGAUCUUGCAAAAAACCCCUAAAGGGUGUCAUCCACAUGGCGAUGGUUCUAGAGGACCGACCAAUCCUACAAAUGACCUUGGAUGAGUGGAAUGUUCCGCAAGAGCCGAAAACAUCUGGGACAUGGAGUCUUCACCGGGCUCUUCAGGGCACCGACCUUGACUUUCUCAUUCUUUUCAGCUCCAUCUCCAGUGUUUGUGGGCAGCCAACCCAGGCAAGCUACAGUGCAGCCAGCUCGUUUCUGGGCGCCUUUGUCAGAUACCGGCAUUCUUUAGGUCUGCCGGCCGCCGUGAUCGACCUAGGGAUUGUUGGAGACAUAGGACGUCUCACCGGGGCAGACCGUCGCCUGCUUGAAACCACCUUGCGGGGUUACAUAACGAUCGGCGAGAAGGAGAUCUUCCGCGCCAUUGAAGUUGCGAUGAUGCGCCAGGAGCCCGGUAGUGUCUCUGAAGGAUUCCGCAAUAGCCAAUUCGCGGUGGGGCUUACUCCACUGCCAAAAGACAGCCCACAUCACAUGAAUAGUCUCUUGCAUGGGGAUAAGCGCAUUGACCUGCUGAGACCUGCAUUGACACAUGCGCAGCCUGUGCAGGACGAAGCUAGUCGGGUCCAGAGGCUCUUCAGUGCCAUGUCUCAAGACGCAACGUUUUGCGAGAGCGACGAGGCCUCGACGCUGACUCAGCAGGAGGUCAUUCACCGAUUGAGUUGCUUGUCCGGUUCCAACGAGCAAGACGUCGGGCUGCAACAGCCAUUCUCCCAGUUGGGACUUGAUUCCUUGGUCGUGGUGGAGUUGCGCAUCUGGGUCCAACGCACAUUCCAUAUCCAGGCGAGCGUGCCGGAAAUCAUGGGCACGGGUCACGUCGAGGGGCUAACACAACUGAUCCUAAGUCGAGUGAAACCGCGAUGAGCAAUUGAAACCUUAGAUCUGUAUUUAGUACGGAGUACGGAGUCAAUUAAAGGGAUAAAAUUUGGUCUCCUGGAUGUAGUGGACCUAGUUGACGAUCAACAAUCUAAUUGACAUUUGAGUCGGUCCACGCCGUGCCCAUCAACAAGGCGAGACGGGUCUAUCGAUGACAUUUUUUUCAGAAUAGAAGUGAAACAUCGGUUUUUUGGGUAAUGGCAGUUCGAUGAUCAAUAGCCAUCGGGAUGGAAGAAGUCCCGUUCAUCGUCGAGUCCAUCCGUGG